AUGGCUAUCACUAAGAUUCACGCACGUUCCGUCUACGAUUCUCGUGGAAACCCAACCGUCGAGGUUGACGUUGUCACUGAGACUGGUCUUCACCGUGCCAUUGUUCCAUCUGGUGCUUCCACUGGUCAACACGAAGCCGUUGAGCUCCGUGAUGGAGAUAAGGACAAGUGGGCUGGAAAGGGUGUUACCAAGGCUGUCGCCAACGUCAAUGAUAUCAUUGGCCCAGCUCUUAUCAAGGAGAACAUUGAUGUCAAGGAUCAAUCCAAGAUUGAUGAGUUCUUGAACAGCCUCGACGGUACCCCAAACAAGGGCAAGUUGGGAGCCAAUGCCAUUCUUGGUGUUUCUUUGGCUGUUGCCAAGGCCGGAGCUGCUGAGAAGGGUAUCCCACUUUACGCUCACGUUUCCGACCUCGCCGGAACCAAGAAGCCUUACGUUCUCCCUGUCCCAUUCAUGAACGUUCUUAACGGAGGUUCCCACGCUGGUGGACGUUUGGCAUUCCAAGAGUUCAUGAUCGUCCCUUCUGCUGCCCCAUCUUUCACCGAAGCUCUUAGACAAGGCGCUGAGGUUUACCAAAAGCUCAAGUCUCUCGCCAAGAAGAAGUACGGUCAAUCCGCUGGUAAUGUCGGAGACGAGGGUGGUGUUGCACCAGAUAUUCAAACUGCCGAGGAGGCUCUUGAGCUCAUCACUGAGUCUAUCGAGGCUGCUGGUUACACCGGAAAGAUGAACAUCGCCAUGGACGUUGCCUCCAGCGAGUUCUACAAGGAGGAUGCCAAGAAGUACGACUUGGACUUCAAGAACCCAGAGAGUGACCCAACCAAGUGGAUCACCUACACUGAACUUGCCGAUCAAUACAAGAACCUUGCCAAGAAGUACCCAAUCGUCAGCAUUGAGGAUCCAUUCGCUGAAGAUGACUGGGAGGCCUGGAGCUACUUCUACAAGUCCUCCGAUUUCCAAAUCGUCGGUGAUGACUUGACUGUCACCAACCCAAUCAGAAUCAAGAAGGCCAUUGAACUCAAGUCUUGCAAUGCUCUCUUGUUGAAGGUCAACCAAAUUGGUACUCUUACCGAGUCCAUCCAAGCCGCCAAGGACUCCUUCGCUGCUGGAUGGGGUGUUAUGGUUUCUCACCGCUCCGGAGAGACUGAGGAUGUCACCAUUGCUGACAUCGUUGUUGGUCUCCGUGCCGGUCAAAUUAAGACUGGUGCCCCAGCUAGAUCCGAGCGUUUGGCCAAGUUGAACCAGAUCUUGAGAAUCGAGGAGGAGCUCGGUGAUAAGGCUGUUUAUGCUGGAGAGAGCUUCAGAACUGCCGUCAAUUUGCCCAGUGAUCGAAAUAGUCCAACCAGAAUCAAUAAAAAAGGUCUUUUCACCGGAAAUCUAGUCUUGAAAAUGCCUGACAAGUGGGAUGAGGAAUCCUCCGGAGAGGAAUCAUCGGAGCCAACACCCGCACAAACCGCCGUUUCGAACCGAAGAAAGUUCGAUGACGAGGAGGAUGACGAUGAAGUCUUAGAUUCCUGGAGUGCCGCCGAAGAUUCUGAAGUUGAGCGCGAGAAGGCAAAGGUUGAAGCCGAGCGAAAGGCCAAGGCUGAUGCAUUGGCUGCUGCGAACAAGAAGUCAAAGGCUCAACGUGUCGCCGAGAAGCAGGCCGAGAGAGCACGACAACUGGCAGAAGGUAGCGAUGAGAGCAGCGAAGAGGAUGAGGCUACAAGAAGGGAACGCCUCAGACGAACUGAACAAGAAUCCGAUUUGAAGCACGCUGAGGAUCUUUUUGGCAACAUUGGUAUCAACUCUCGCAAGUCUACAAGUGCCGCGAACGCAGUGCAAAUUGAUGAAAAGAACCCCGCCGCGACUGUCGAUUUGACAACUCUCCCACUUUUCGAUCCUAGAACCAAGCAGCAGUUUGAGAAGCUCCGCGAAACUCUUGUCCCUCUUAUUACCAACAAUGUCAAGAAAGCACAAUACAUCAUCUUCUUACAAGAGUUCACUAAGCAGAUCUCCAAAGAACUUCCAAGUGAUCAAAUCAAGAAGAUCGCCAGUACACUGACAGCUUUGAGUAACGAGAAAAUGAAGGAGGAGAAGGCAGCUGAAAAGGGAGGAAAGAAGUCUAAAGCACAGAAAACUAAGACUACCUUAAAUGCAAGCAGGGACACUAUGGGCAGCAAAGAUACCCAGGCCUAUGAUGAUGAUUUCGGAGACGUCUACGAAACUGAGAAUACAUCCCCAAUCAAAUUUUACGCGGUCCUACUCAGGUACAAAGGUAUUACUUGUAUCUGGCGAGCCCCAUACACUGCUGCAUAUACAAAACCUGCCGAGGAUGAAGUUGCUCCUUCACGAAUGCACGACGAAACCUUGAUACAUAGAUGA